UCAACAUUGAAAGCACAUCAAUCAGAUUGAUGGUUGAAACUGUCAAAGUUAAUUUCUGUUCAGAUACAUAGCAGUUUUAUAAAAUCAAUCACAACUUUUUUACUUUUUUAAAUUAGAAAAAACAACAACAUCAUCAUUGACCGUAAAAUUUUAAUGAUUGAUGCUUCUAGAAACAAGUUAACUGAUGUUCAAUCUUUGAAUAAGAAGUUAUGUGUAAGGAUAUGCUUGGAAAAUAAAUUUAAAUACAAUUGAUUGUUGGAAAUUCGUGAUUGAUCAGAAAUAUGAUGAAUCAAAUUCAAGAAAAAUUCAUGUGUCCACCAGAUGAUUAUCAUUUGAAUAAUAAUAAAACCGAAAUGGGUUCGUUUGAUGUAUCAUCAAAUUGGGACUUGACUGAAAGUACAAAAAAUUUUAGGAAUGUAAUUUCCAUUGGCUCAGUAAAUGAUUGCUCUAACAGAAUGACCCUCGAAGAUAUUGUCGACGAAAAAGGAUGCAUAGAAGUCAAAAGAAGAUCAGAUGACAGCGGACCCUGUACACUAGACAUAAAAUUAAAGAAUAAAGACAAAAAAAUAUCACGAAUAGGAAUAGUUUCAGAAGCCUCGGUCUUAGAAAUUUUUCAGGACUUUGGCGAGUACACGACAACGAUAUUCGCUGAUUUUAUUGACGAAUUUGAAGAUUCUUCUGUCUAUUACGCAGAGGUUGCAUUCGAACGUCCAUCGUCUGAAGUCAGCAUAAAGUUCACAAGAAUUAAAAACAAUCGACCCACUAUGUUUCUUUACGGAGUCCGACUUCUUCUCCAGCAAUCAGAGGUUUCAAAGACUGCGGAACACUUGGAUUUAAAUUUUGUCAAUGAAUGUCUGAGAAAAUUACUAGAUAACAGAAGUAACGAACUAGAGAAAUUAUGUCCUUCAAUUAAUGGAAACGAUGACAAUGUCAGUAGCAGGGAUGACUUGACUGUAAAUAAUUAUGCGAAAAGUUUUACACGGAAUGCACAUGAGCUUUUAAAAUCAAAGGAUUUUCUAACAAAUAGGAAUUAUGGGCAAGAAGAAAAACCAAAUAUGGAAAAUCAAAACACAUCAUCUUGUAAUGGAAAAAUUGAAGCUCUGCUUGAUUUAAAAAUUACAGAAAUGGAAGAAAGACUUUCGAAAAAAAUAGAUUUGAUAGAAAGCAAAACAAAUGAAAAACUGGAUAAAAUUUUAAAAUUAUUGGAGUCAUUAAAUAAUUCUAAUGAAACCAGAAAAAAAUGACAGAUGUAAAAAUUGUCUUCGAUACAUAACUUAAAUAAAUGAAGUAAAAAAUUAAAGCCACGUUAAGACGAAGUAUCUGAAUCAUCAUUUGCUUCUUCUGAUGGAUCCCAUUUGUGCAGUUGUUUGCGCCAAAGUCUCAUCAUACCGUCCCAAGCUCUUCUGCUGUACUUAGCAUAUUUGGGUGGAGUUUUUGGAUGUUCUUUCGUUCUUUCAUGUCUGUAAUAUAAAAUACAUUGAAGUGUUAUUUUUAUAAAGAUUUCAAAGGCAUUCUCAGACAGUGCCCGCCUUUUUUUUUUUCAAAUUUUCAAUGACUUUCUAUAAUGACCGUAUUAGAAUAUUAAUAAUUAAUUGAAACCUUAACUGAAAAAAAGACAAUUUCCGAGAUGUAGAAUUAAAAAAAAAUGACUUAGUUGUUAGCAAUUAGUAGUAAAAAAAAAAUUGUUAAAUAAAUUUAUGAAACUGAAGUUGGCCGACAUCUGAUAAUUUUUGAAUUUUUUUCAAGCAAUAAAUCAUUUAAAGAAAAAUAUUUGAAAAAAUUGCACUUAUAGUUUUUUGAAUUUUCUACAUGUGCAUAUUUUUAGUUUUUUUUUUUUGUUAUUCUCCGGUAAAAAAAAAUCCGAUCGUCUGUUAACUUCUGGCUCAUGUAAAUUUUAGCCUUACAAAUUUUUAAAUUUGAAUUACAAAAUUUGCAUGAAGAUUUUACUGGAAUUUAUUUUGAAAAAUUCGUUGUGCUCCCAAUCGGUAUCAACUGUAAGUAAUUUUUUUAAACCUGCAUCAGCGAAAUUGCAACUACGUCCCUUUUUCAAUUAAUGUUUUAGUUUUUUUAAAAAUUAAGUAAUAAAAUUUUUAUACGCUCAUGACAGUUGUCAUUGAAAAUUUUUAAAAAGUGGGGGGCACUGUCUAGAAAUGGCUUUGAUACAAAUAUGCAAACUAAGAAACGUACUUGGGAACCGCUUGUAGAUAUCUGUCAUAACCUAUGGUAUUUUUUCCAUAAUCAAUUUCUUUUUGCCUGCGUGCUAUAAUACCAGGUUCAGUUUCAUAUUCUAUUUUUUUUUUCUUGUGAUCAGAUGAGGUGCUGGAGUUCGAUUCACUGUUUUCGCUGAUUUGUCUAUCACGUAAAUGCCGUUCGGAUUUUGAAUCUGGGCUCGCAUUCCGGAUUCUCUUACGCGUUACAUCAGAAUCUUCAGAUACGUUUGAACUUGUAAGAUUUAAACUAUCAUCUUUUUCUAUUUUAAUUGAAUCUAUGAUGCAGUUUUCAGUAUCGACAUUUGAUUGUUUAUCAUUGGAACCGUAAAACCAUUCCUUGGAAUCACUCUCUUGUGUUGUCAUUUUUUCUGGAUGAUACAAAAUACUACCAAGAGUAUUUUACAAUUAAAAAAGUAUAUAAUAGUAAAUAUAUUUAUAUUAUACUGAUGUAAACAACAUGAUAGAACGUAUUAAUAAACAAAAGUCAAAAA